UUCACUUCAUAGGAGGCCUUAACUCCUGUAAUCUUUGUACUCCAUAUUGCUUUUCUUUCAUUUCUAUGAAUAUUUUUGGAGUUAUUUGUUUUCAAUAUAAGCCCUUGUAAUGGCUGGCCGGUGCCAACAUGAUAGAAACCGUUAUGAUGAAGUAGAAGAGGUUAAUCCUUUCGCAGUUAGUCUCUUAUUCUUGAUUGCUUCUUCAAUUUUUUAAGGUUAAUGAUACUGAUAUUGAUCACUAAUCAAUGAUCAUUAUUUGUGGAACCCUUCAAGUGCGGCUUCAAAGCCAAGGCUUUCACCUCUUCUUACAGAACCAGUUGGUUUCAACUAUGGUGGUAAUGCUGAUUUUCCUCUUAGUACAGUUACUACGAGACCCAGUUUUCAGGUUCGCGGAUUUUUGCUUUCCUGAGUCAAUGCGUGUCUUUUGGUUGAUGAGAUUGAGCAGUGAAUAUGAUAUUCUGAUUUACUAUGUUGAAAAUAUUCUAGGAGUUGAAGAAGAUGGAGAAGGAGCUCCGGGCCAAGGAGACUGUUCAAUUCAAAUUUCAUUCAUGAGUCACUGGUACUCUUCGGGAUUUUUUCAUUCAUUGACUUGUGCUGUUCGUUUUGCAACUGGGGUUCAUCUAGAAGUGAAAAAUUGGCCACCAUUUGCCCCAAUCAUUCACAAUGAUAUUGAAAAUGACAUACCGAAUCAUCUGCAAAAGUUGAUGUAUAUUGCCUUCUCAACAUUCUUAGCUGUUGCUGCAGCAUGCAUCAAAGGGGAAGGUGUAAAAAUCUUUUUUUUGCCUCUCCAUAAUCUACUUCUCAUCGGGGGGCUUCCAGGAGCCUAUGUGUUGUGGUAUAACCCCCUCUAUCGUGCUUUUAGGACUGAAAGUGCUGUCAAAUUCAGACGGUUCUUCUUCUUUUAUUUGCUCCACACUUGCUACUGCAUCUAUGCUGAAGUUGUUCCUCCUAUAAUUUUUAAAGGGAAAUCUUUUACAGGAAUCAUUGCUGCAAUAGAUGUUUUCAGUGACCAUGCUUCAGUAGGGGUAAGGAUUUAGGACUUUCUCAAAUUGGAGUGAAGCAUGCUGUCCUGUUUUGCUUCACCAAUGUUCCAUAGCAUGAUGCUACAACACAACUAAUUCUAAUCCCCUUAGCUUGCAUAGAUACUCUACUUCAUUGGAUUUGGAUUCUUCACUCUCGAAGCAAUAGUUUGUCUCUGUGUUAUGCGGUUUUGAUAUACUACAUAAACAUUUGGACCUAGU